AUGCUGAUGAACGAGUCGAAUGCAGAGAUUUGCGAGAAAGAUCAAUCACAGCAUCAGGUUGACGUUAAUAGCGCACAUCACGAAGAAAAUGACAGAACAUUAGUAAAACAGGAAGUAAUCAACGAGGCCGAGCUCGGUGAAUCCUGGCUAUCUCCGAUUUCCAAAACGACGACAGAUUCUGCUAACGCUCGGCGAAGCAUCUUAUCAGGAUCAAGGGAAUCACCGGAUUCACCGGAAUUAUCUCGAACGACGUCGAGGACUGAAGCCGUUAGGCAAGAUGUCAGGAGGUUGAAGAGCGUCACGCUGGAUAGAAUGGGGAAGAUGUUUAGGGCGCGUACGUCUGCCGUGGGAAGAUCAUGUUUGGGCUUGGACACCGUAAGUGAUUUGAAUCCUCGGGGCGUCAUGUUUCACAAACGUAAGAUGAAUGUGACAAAAGUCGAUGAUUAUGACGAAAAAGCAUCGAGGAAAGAAAAGACAAACUCUCUGGGAAGGAUGCUUAACUUUGUCGACAAAGGUGGUUCGCCUAGGAAACUUUUUGUCCAUCCCCGGGCAGGAUCGCUGAGUCGUAUACUACGUAGGCAUCCUCAUAACGAGGACAAUGGAAUUAUCGAUAAACCUACGGCGGACACCGGGCGUGGAAUUUUCUCCAGAAUGCUUAGCCAACUGAGAGGAAAGUAA